AUGCAUAUCCCGCGAGUUCUAUUGUACUGCCAUGCGAAGGCGAUACGGGCUGUGAUCGUAGUGCUCACCUGCACGAGUCUGCUCUUGACCCUCCGGCUGAGCACAUCCCAGCCAAAGCAGCCCAGCAUCUACGAUAACACCGAGGGGAGGACAUCGCCCUGGCAUGACUGGAGACAUCCCAAUAAGACUUCGCGGCCAGAAGAGGUGGCGUUUCUCGAGUACCUGGUCCAUACGUACGGCCUCACCAACGAGGUUCCCUGGUAUGCGCGGAGGAUAAAAUCCAGUUCCUCGGCAAGAAGGCGAAUGUCGAUGACCGAGGUUCCCAUACAGUUCAUGCCACACGACUUUACCAGGGCUCGGGUUGAUGAUGAGAACCUAGAGUUACGAGCCGAGAAAAGCAUCAAGUUGCCCGUCACAUCGAGCCCAAGGGGCCAUCAGGUUGACGCAACUGCCUUGCUGUUCGGCAUAUCGACCACGUACUCGCGCCUUAUAUACGCCAACAACUCGCUGAUCAGCGACUGGGAAAGGUGGCUGACCGACGGGAACGGGAAUUCAAAUGGGGCGAGCCUGCUGGUGACCCUUCACAGAGCCAGGAAUGACGAGGUGGAGCGAGCCAGCAGCCUGUUGCGCUCUCUCGGGAUCGACGCGACCGUCUUGCGAUCUGUCGAUGACGGAGACGCUACCUCUCGAUACGUGGAGCUGGUGCAUCUUCUGAGGGAGUACAGCGAAGGGUUCGGCGGUGGAGAGGGAGCCCAGUCCAAGAGGUAUCUCGCCUUGGUAGACGACGAUGUGUUCUUCCCAAGCAUGUCGAAGCUAGUCGACAAGCUAUCCAAGUUCCACCCGAGCAAGGAGUACUAUAUCGGCGCCCCCAGCGACCGCUCCGACUGGAUCGUCGAGAACAACAAAACCUUCACCUGCGGCGGCGGCGCCGUGUUCCUCACCCUCCCGAUGGCGGAAAAGUUCUCGCAGCUGCCCUGUCUCGACCUGGACGGGCGAGACCCAGAGUCGUCGACCGCCAAAUCAGCGCAGUGGGACUUCUCCCUCUACGACUGCGUCACCUCGCACUCGUCGGCCGUUCUGCAAGUCCUGCCGAGCUACCACGCCCCCGGCGACGACGAGGCCUACGGCGACCGCACCAUCAGCAGCGAGGGGUACGGCGCCGGCAUCCGGCCCCUGACCCUCCACCACUACAAGAACUGGCACCGCUUCGAGGCCGGCAAGGGCCACCUCGUCACGUCCGCCUGCGGCGAGGACUGCUUCCUCCAGCGCUUCCGCUUCCGCGACGACUGGAUCCUCGUCAACGGCUACGCCAUCUCCCAUUACCCCGACGGCGUCGACGCCCUCCCGCUGCGGUCGAGGGUGAAGACCCCGCCAGAGCCGCCGGUGGCGGCGGCCACGACGACGACGAGGAGAGCGGCGGCGGCGGUUGUGGCGAUGCCGAGGAAGACGGACGCACCGUCACAGAAGCAACGGCACGAUCAGGAGGAUGGCGAUAGGGUGGCGGUCGGGAGCGGGCUCGUCGUCGACCGGCCCGACCGGCCGAGCGACAUGAAGGUGGUGGCCUGGAGGGGUCGCAAGCGGGUCUGGAGGCUGCUGGAUGCCAGGGUAGGCGAGGGCGGCGAGGUGUGGCAGGCGUACGUGAAGCGGCGGGGAGGAGGGAACUGGUUCGGCGACGCGGAUCCCCGGCUGACCGGCGACAAGGUACACGCGGAGGAGGAGAAGUCGGACGUCGAUUCCGUCAUUGUCCUGAUAUGGGAGGCGUGA